AAGAAAAAACGUCAAUGAUUUUUUUGUAUUUCACCGUUUUCCUCCUUCGUCUUUUUGCAGUAGUAUUGACAGCGAACUGUAUUUUUUGAGUGCGUGUCAUUAUUUUUCUCCAACGAUUUUCACUGUUUUUCCCAAGAAAAUCGUGGAAAAUACAAUAAUAAUAUUGUGUAAAAAUAAUAAUAAAUUAAAAAAGUAAUAAUAGAAUAGUUAAUUAAAUAUGUCGGGAGAAGUAGUUGAACAAGUAGUGGAAGCUGUGAAAGAUGCAACUGAGGCGGCUGUUGAAAAUGCAACUGAAACCAUAACAAAUGCAAAAGUACCCUCAACUCCAGAAGGUAUUGCUGUAGCCUAUGGCAGUCUGGUUAUUAUGGCCAUGUUACCAAUUGUUUUUGGUUCCAUACGUUCGGUCAAAUUGCACAAAGCUAAAAAGAUAAGCGGCGAAAAAGCUGAUACAAUGACAACAAAAGAUGCCAUGUUCUUUCCUCUCAUAGCGUCCGCUGCACUUUUCGGUCUCUAUAUUAUCUUUAAAAUUUCCUCCAAAGAUCACAUUAACCUCUUGUUGACCGGUUACUUCUUUGUUUUGGGUGUCAUUGCUUUGGCCCAUUUAUUAAGUCCCAUUGCCAAUUCUCUAAUGCCAGCUGCUGUACCAAAAAUACCAUUCCAUAUACAUUUUACUCGGGGAGAGGGUAAAAAUAAGGAGGACAUUAUCAACUAUAAAUUCAGCACUCAUGAUAUUGUAUGCUUAGUUAUAUCGGCCGCCAUUGGUGUAUGGUAUUUGUUGAAGAAACACUGGAUUGCCAAUAAUAUGUUCGGUUUGGCUUUCGCUGUCAAUGGUGUGGAAAUGUUGCAUUUGAAUAAUAUUGUUACCGGAUGCAUUUUGUUGAGCGGUCUCUUUUUCUAUGAUAUUUUCUGGGUAUUUGGCACAAAUGUUAUGGUCACUGUUGCCAAGAGUUUUGAGGCACCCAUUAAACUAGUUUUCCCACAAGAUUUACUUACCAAUGGUUUGAAUGCUUCCAAUUUUGCCAUGUUGGGUUUGGGCGAUAUUGUUAUUCCCGGCAUUUUUAUUGCUCUAUUGUUGCGUUUUGAUCACAGUACUAAACGUAAGAGUCGCAUUUAUUUCUAUUCCACUUUGGUUGCCUAUUUCAUGGGUUUGAUGGCUACCAUUUUUGUUAUGCAUGUAUUUAAACAUGCCCAGCCAGCUUUGUUAUAUUUGGUACCAGCUUGCAUGGGUACACCCUUGUUGGUAGCUCUUGUACGCGGAGAACUGAAAACUUUGUUUGCCUAUGAAGAUCACCCCGAGGAGAAACCUGAAAAGAAAGAGGCUAAGGAAAGCAGCAGCAGCAGUAAAAAGAAGGAAGCUAAGAAAGCUAAAUGAUUAUCAGGUGCGGACACUACAGCAUCC